AUGGGCUCCGAGAAGAUUUUUGAGUUUGGGCAACUGUUUCAGAAGUUCGACACCGACGGAGAUGGCAGGCUCGGUCGGGCCGACUUUGAGCGCAUGGUAGGAGGAAUGCUAGAGCAGUUCGGGGAGAGGGGAGAAGACGGUACCAGGCGCGGCAGCCGCGGGGGAGAACGGGGCAACGGCAACGCUCCAUCAGCAGCACCACAACCACUGCCGCCGCCACCGGCGGUGCCUCCGUCGCCGGUCGGUCCUUCGAUCACACACUACGAUGAGACUACGGGAGUUCCUUUGGCCCGCGAGGCGGUAGCCUCUCAGCAGGCUCUGGGGCACACCGUGGUUCCCCUUCGCGAGGCGUACAGCCGGCGGCUGUCCCGGCUUCAGAGUUUAGCGUCUAGUCGGCUGAUGCCGGUUCGGGAGAGAUUGUUGCAGCUCCGGAGGCGGCUUCACGGCCGUGGCGAAGAGCUCACGGCAGCGAGAGCGGCGAUAGAGCGGGAGACGCUUGCCGACGCUGAGGCCAUUGUUGAGAGGCUUCGGUCGGCCGAGACUCUCAAGCAGGCGACGCUGGCUCAGGGAGUGAACAGCGUCACGGCGGAGCUUGAAGGAGUCGAAAAGCUAUCCGAUCAGGUUGCUAGGGUUACCCUUCUGCCUUCUUCAACGCCCGGCAGCAUGUCUCCUUCGGCAGCAUGCGCACCCGACUUCGAAGGCACGGAGAGAAUGGUGGAGUUGGUUCAGUCCUACCGAGAGCUGUGCAACUCCAUCGACCGAGUCGCUAACAAGCCGUUCGAUCCUAGCAUCGAUGUGCAAGCCGAUGAUUUCUCGCACGAGACGGCGGAAAGACUCGAGGUUCUACGACGAGCAGAUCGCUACGAGCAUGCCCUGAGUGUCAAGGACCAGAUGCUUUGGGAGGCGAUGCAGGAAUCUCAGCGACUGGAGGAGAAGUGUCAAGAGGAGCGUAGCCUUGGCCAAGAGUUCGCGGAAGAGGCUCAGGAGUGGGUAACGCUCACGGAGAAGCUCUCGGACCGUGUUAAUGCCCUGACGGUCGAGACAGAACGGACGGCACAGCUGCGAAAGGAGAAUGCGCUCUUGGCGCGCGAGAACCAGGAGCUAGUCCGGCGUUUGGAGACCCUCGAGAGAGAUUCUAGCGGUACUGUUGGUUGA